AUGCUGAAGUUUCAGACUGUCCGGGGGAGCCUGAGGCUCCUGGCUAUCCGCCGGACCUCCACCGCCACCGCUGCCUCUCCGAACGUCCGGCGCCUGGAGUACAAGCCCAUCAAGAAGGUCAUGGUGGCCAACAGAGGCGAGAUCGCCAUCCGCGUGUUCCGGGCCUGCACGGAGCUGGGCAUCCGCACAGUGGCCGUCUAUUCGGAGCAGGACACGGGCCAGAUGCAUCGACAGAAAGCUGAUGAAGCCUACCUCAUCGGCCGGGGGCUCGCCCCGGUGCAGGCCUAUCUGCACAUUCCAGACAUCAUUAAAGUCGCCAAGGAAAACAAUGUGGACGCCGUGCACCCAGGCUAUGGGUUCCUGUCAGAGCGGGCCGACUUUGCCCAGGCCUGCCAGGAUGCUGGGGUCAGAUUCAUUGGGCCGAGCCCAGAGGUGGUCCGCAAGAUGGGAGACAAGGUGGAGGCCCGGGCCAUCGCCAUCGCCGCAGGAGUCCCCGUGGUGCCCGGCACGGAUGCCCCCAUCACUUCCCUGCACGAGGCCCAUGAGUUCUCCAACACCUACGGCUUCCCCAUCAUCUUCAAGGCCGCCUACGGGGGCGGGGGGCGCGGCAUGAGGGUCGUGCACAGCUACGAGGAGCUGGAGGAGAACUACACCCGGGCCUACUCAGAGGCUCUGGCUGCCUUCGGGAACGGGGCGCUAUUCGUGGAGAAGUUCAUCGAGAAGCCACGCCACAUCGAGGUGCAGAUCCUGGGGGACCAGUACGGGAACAUCCUUCACCUGUACGAGCGGGACUGCUCCAUCCAGCGGCGGCACCAGAAAGUCGUGGAGAUCGCCCCGGCUGCCCACUUGGACCCCCAGCUGCGCACCCGGCUCACCAGCGACUCCGUCAAGCUUGCAAAGCAGGUGGGCUACGAGAAUGCGGGCACCGUGGAGUUCCUGGUGGACAGGCACGGCAGGCACUACUUCAUCGAGGUCAACUCACGCCUGCAGGUGGAGCACACGGUCACCGAGGAGAUUACUGAUGUGGACCUGGUCCACGCCCAGAUCCAUGUGGCCGAGGGCCGGAGUCUGCCUGAUCUGGGCCUCCGGCAGGAGAACAUCCGCAUCAACGGCUGCGCCAUCCAGUGCCGGGUCACCACCGAGGACCCCGCGCGCAGCUUCCAGCCCGACACCGGCCGCAUCGAGGUGUUCCGGAGCGGGGAGGGCAUGGGCAUCCGCCUGGACAACGCCUCUGCCUUCCAAGGCGCCAUCAUCUCCCCCCACUACGACUCCCUGCUGGUCAAGGUCAUCGCCCACGGCAAGGACCACCCCACGGCCGCCACCAAGAUGAGCAGAGCCCUGGCCGAGUUCCGAGUCCGAGGCGUGAAGACCAACAUCCCCUUCCUGCAGAACGUGCUCAACAACCAGCAGUUCCUGGCAGGCACCGUGGACACGCAGUUCAUCGACGAGAACCCGGAGCUGUUCCAGCUGCGGCCUGCACAGAACCGGGCCCAGAAGCUGCUGCACUACCUCGGACACGUCAUGGUGAAUGGCCCGACCACCCCGAUCCCCGUAAAGGCCAGCCCCAGCCCCACGGACCCCAUCGUCCCUGUGGUGCCCAUAGGCCCACCCCCAGCGGGUUUCAGAGACAUCCUGCUGCGGGAGGGCCCCGAGGGCUUUGCGCGAGCGGUGCGGAACCACGAGGGGCUGCUGCUGAUGGACACGACCUUCAGGGACGCCCACCAGUCACUGCUGGCCACGCGCGUGCGCACCCACGACCUCAAAAAGAUCUCCCCCUACGUCGCCCACAGCUUCAACAGACUCUUCAGCAUAGAGAACUGGGGAGGAGCCACCUUCGACGUCGCCAUGCGCUUCCUGUACGAGUGCCCCUGGCGGCGGCUGCAGGAGCUCCGGGAGCUUGUCCCCAACAUCCCGUUCCAGAUGCUGCUGAGGGGCGCCAACGCCGUGGGCUACACCAACUACCCCGACAACGUGGUCUUCAAGUUCUGUGAGGUGGCCAAGGAGAACGGCAUGGACAUCUUCCGGGUCUUUGACUCCCUCAACUACCUGCCCAACCUGCUGCUGGGCAUGGAGGCAGCAGGCAGUGCCGGUGGCGUGGUGGAGGCCGCCAUCUCCUACACGGGCGACGUGUCCGACCCCAGCCGCACCAAGUACUCGCUGCAGUACUACAUGGGCUUGGCCGAGGAGCUGGUGCGAGCCGGCACCCACAUCCUGUGCAUCAAGGACAUGGCCGGGCUGCUGAAGCCCAUGGCCUGCACCAUGCUGGUCAGCUCCCUCCGGGACCGCUUCCCUGACCUCCCGCUGCACAUCCACACCCACGACACGUCAGGGGCGGGCGUGGCAGCCAUGCUGGCCUGUGCCCACGCCGGGGCUGACGUGGUGGACGUGGCGGCUGACUCCAUGUCUGGGAUGACGUCACAGCCCAGCAUGGGGGCCCUGGUGGCCUGUACCCGAGGGACGCCCCUGGACACAGGCGUGCCCCUGGAGCGUGUGUUCGACUACAGUGAGUACUGGGAGGGGGCCCGAGGGCUGUAUGCGGCCUUUGACUGCACGGCCACCAUGAAGUCUGGCAACUCCGACGUGUACGAGAACGAGAUCCCAGGGGGCCAGUACACCAACCUGCACUUCCAGGCACACAGCAUGGGGCUCGGCUCCAAGUUCAAGGAGGUCAAGAAGGCCUACGUGGAGGCCAACCAGAUGCUGGGCGACCUCAUCAAGGUGACGCCCUCCUCCAAGAUUGUGGGGGACCUGGCCCAGUUCAUGGUGCAGAACGGGCUGACCCGAGCCGAGGCCGAAGCGCAGGCAGAGGAGCUGUCCUUCCCCCGCUCGGUGGUGGAGUUCCUGCAGGGCUACAUCGGCAUCCCCCAUGGGGGCUUCCCGGAGCCCCUCCGCUCCAAGGUGCUGAAAGACCUGCCGAGGGUGGAGGGCCGGCCGGGCGCCUCCCUCCCACCCCUGGACCUCCAGGCGCUGGAGAAGGAGCUGACGGAACGGCACGGGGAGGAGGUGACCCCGGAGGACGUGCUUUCAGCCGCCAUGUACCCUGACGUCUUUGCCCACUUCAAGGACUUCACUGCCACCUUCGGCCCCCUGGACAGCCUCAAUACGCGCCUCUUCCUGCAGGGACCCAAGAUCGCAGAGGAGUUUGAGGUGGAGCUGGAGCGAGGCAAGACGCUGCACAUUAAAGCCUUGGCCAUAAGUGACCUCAACCGGGCGGGCCAGAGGCAGGUCUUCUUCGAGCUCAAUGGGCAGCUGCGGUCCAUCCUGGUCAAGGACACCCAGGCCAUGAAGGAGAUGCACUUCCACCCCAAGGCCCUGAAGGACGUCAAGGGCCAGAUUGGGGCACCCAUGCCCGGGAAGGUGAUAGACAUCAAGGUGGCGGCAGGGGCCAAGGUGACCAAGGGCCAACCCCUGUGUGUGCUCAGCGCCAUGAAGAUGGAGACUGUAGUGACCUCGCCCAUGGAGGGCACUGUCCGCAAGGUCCACGUGACUACGGACAUGACGCUGGAGGGUGACGACCUCAUCCUGGAGAUCGAGUGA